AACCUGAUCCGCCCGCCUUCCAGAACCUUCUCUCAGCCACGGAGGCCAUCAAUAAUGUAGAUGGGCCAACUGCAAGGUGGUGCUGGAGAGGAACCAGGAGCGGGUGCUUGGAUCCGGGCAGCUGCCGGCUUUGGGAAAGAUGGUGUCUCCAGCCAUUGCGUUGGCCUUCAUCCCCUUCCUGAUGACGCUGCUGAUCCGCUACCGCUACUACUUUGUGCUCUUCUGGCGCGCAGUGGUCCUACGCAAGGUGCAUGACUACCUGAGCGGCCUGUCGCGGGAGGAGAGGGCCUUCAACCACGUGCUGGCCAACUGCGUCCCUGGAGACACGGACAACAUCCUGGCCACCUUCGACCAGUGGUGCUUCCAGUCGGAAUACCUCAGCAACCUGGGCCCCGAGAAAGGCCGGAUCCUGGAGCGGCUGCUGUACGAGAACGCUCCGCGCACGGUGCUGGAGCUGGGCACCUACUGCGGGUACGCCACGCUCCGCAUCGCCCGCUCACUCACAGACGGUGCCCGCCUCUACACCGUCGACAUGGACGCCAGCAACGCCGCCAUCGCAGAGAAGAUCAUCCGCAUAGCCGGCUUCGACGAAGACACGGUGGAGCAGGUGGUGCUGCCGUCGGACCAGGUGAUCCUGCAGCUUCGGGAGAAGUUUGCCGUGGCCACGGUGGACUUUGUCUUCAUGAACCACUGGAAGCGGAGCUACCUGCGAGACCUGCGGCUGCUGGAGGAGCAGGGACUGCUGCACCCGGGCAGCGUGGUGCUGGCCGACAACAUCAUCUUCACCGGGGCCCCGCACUUCAUGCAGUACGCCAAGAGCUGCGGCUCCUACACCUGGAAGCUGCACCGCACACACCUGGACUACUUCAGACACAUCCGUGACGGCAUGGCCGAACUCACCUACACCGGACUCAAGAUGUCGAUCCUGUUUCCCUCCCUCUUCCCACGAGUGACGGAAUCGCUAUGGUUUAACCUGGACCGGCCAUGCGUGGAUGAAAGCGAACUCCAGCAGCAGGAAAAUCAGCACCAGGCCUGGUUGCAGAGUAUUGCUGAAAAGAACACCUCGUUGGUGCCCAUUGGGAAGCCGGCGUCUGAGCAGAACUAUGACGACGAGGAAGAGGAGGACGAUGAGGAUGAUGAAGACAGCGAGGAGGACUCCGAGGAGGAUGAAGACAUGCAGGACAUGGACGAGAUGAACGACUACAACGAGUCCCCCGAUGACGGAGAGAUAAACGAGAUCGACAUGGAGGGUACGGAGCAAGACCAGGACCAGUGGAUGAUCUGACGGGCCCCAAGAUUGCAGCAGCAGCUGCAACGUGAUCUCUGCCUGGGCUCCCCCACCCCGCCGGGGAUGUCCGCAUGUCGUGUCCGACGCUCCCCAGCGCUGCUCUUCAUCCGGUGACUGAACUGCGAGCAAGUUCACCUGACGACAGACUUUCUCGUGGGACCUUGGAGGAGAUUACUCAGCCCCUCGCUCGCAUUGCCGUGGGCAGGUCUGAACCUCCUCUGCCUGACACCCUUUCCAAUAAAGAAUCCUACAAUCUCA